UAGACUAUUAGGAUGUAGGAAUAGAUAAUAGUGUUAGAUUAGAUUUGGGACUAGGAGGAAUAAACAAGGAGCAGAGUAAAGUGGUCCUCUACGGUCUAGCAGGCUGACAUGCACAACUGAGCCCUGCCUGCCCGCUUUUCGAGAAGUCCGAGCCUCCAGUGCCACUGAAACCCAACUACAUGUAUGUAUGGUCACUCAAUCAAGGAAAGCAAGUGUCUCUCUCCCGAGUCCGACAACAUCAUCUGCUCCGCCGAACUGUGUGUCAAUAUGCCACUAGUUGGGCCAACCGCUUUGCUUUGUGCAUCAUGAUUGAAUUGUGAACAAGGGUUGGGCUUACGAGUGGCAAGAAUUAUGAGAUGAGACCAAUGCCCUUCCUUCAAAAAUGUCAAACAGGUGGCACAGCAGCACCAUCUCUACUGACAUCCAAGUUGUUUCCCAGUCACACUGUCACCCAUCUGAACAACCUCCUAAACACCACCGCCCAAACCAAAAGCCUCAGACAUGCAGCUCAAAUCCACUCCCAAUUCGUCACAAAUAGUUUCCUUUCCGUCCCUUUUCUCUUCAACAACCUUCUCAGCUUGUAUGCCAAGUGUGGCCACAUUUCUCACUCCCUACUCCUAUUCUCAACUGCCCAUCGAGUACCCAAGGGCGUAGUCUCCUGGACCACUCUCAUCUCCCAUCUUUCCCGUUUCAACACACCCUUUGAGGCCUUAACGUUGUUUAACCACAUGAGGAGCAAUGGUGUAUACCCCAACCACUACACCUUCUCCGCUGUUUUGCCCGCCUGCGCGAGUACCACCAUCCUUCUUCAUGGCCAACAGAUGCAUUGCUUGAUUUCCAAACACGGGUAUGAUACUGAUGUGUUUGUCGGCAGCGCCUUGGCGGAUAUGUACACAAAGUGCCAUAAUAUGGGCCUUGCCGAGAAGGUGUUUGUUGCUUUGCCUGAAAGAAACCUUGUUUCUUGGAAUUCGAUGAUCGUUGGCUGCUUGUUGAACAGUUUGCAUGACAGGGGACUUUUGCUGUUUAGGGAGGUUAUAAGGGAGGAUUUUGUUAGUCCUGAUCAAGUGAGUUUUUCGAGCGUGUUAAGUGCUUCAGCCAAUAUGGGGGCUUUGGAAUUUGGGAAGCAAAUCCAUGGGAUGAUCGUUAAGCACGGCUUACUCGCUUUGUCCUAUGUGAAGAAUUCGCUUAUGGACAUGUACUUCAAAUGCAGCUUGUUUGAUGAGGGUGCUUUGUUGUUCAAUACUGCAGGCGCUAGAGACGUUAUUACCUGGAACGUCAUGUCAAUGGGGUGUGUCUACAAUGAAAACUUUGAAGAAGCUUGCAAUUAUUUUUGGGUCAUGAGAAGGGCAGGUAUAUCGCCAGAUGAGGCAUCAUGCUCUACAGCCCUUCAUGCUUCUGCCCAUCUUGCUGCACUAGGUCAAGGGACUUUGAUCCAUAAUCAGAUUAUAAAAACAGGGUUUUCAAAGAAUACAUGCAUUGCUAGUUCGUUGAUUACAAUGUAUGCAAAAUGUGGGAGCUUGGAUGAUGCUCGUCGUGUGUUUGAAGAAAUCAAGAAUCGUAAUGUGGUUUGUUGGACAGCGAUGAUUGCUGCUUGCCAACAACAUGGGAAUGGAAACCAAGUAAUUGACUUGUUUGAAAAAAUGCUUGCAGAUGGCUUAAAACCUGAUUAUAUCACUUUUGUUUGUGUCUUAUCAGCUUGUAGUCAUACAGGACGUGUUGAAGAGGGGUAUGCUUACUUCAAUUCUAUGGAAAAGGUGCAUGGUAUAAGCCCUGGUCAUGAACACUAUGCCUGCAUGGUUGACUUACUGGGUCGUGCAGGUCAGCUAGAUGAAGCUAAGAAGUUUAUAGCACAAAUGCGGAUCAAACCUGACUCAUCCGUUUGGGGAGCUUUGCUUGGUGGUUGUGCAAAUUAUGGCAAUCUUGAAUUGGGAAUUGAAGUUGCAGGGAGACUUUUUGAGUUGGAACCUAAUAAUCCAGGUAACUAUGUGCUCCUUUCCAACAUGUAUGCACAUAAAGGAAAACUGAGGGAAGCCGAUCAAGUUAGAAGAUUGAUGGGUAUCAAUAGGGUAAGAAAGGAACCUGGAUGUAGUUGGAUUGAUGUCAAAAAUAAGACCUUUGUGUUUACAGUGCAUGAUAAAUCACAUUCUAGGAUGGAUGAAAUUUAUGAGAUGUUGAAAAAAGUGGAGGAGUUAGUGAAGGAUAAAGGAUAUGUGCCUCAAAAACAGUAUGCUGUUAAUAGUGCUGACGAGGAUAAAGAACAGAGCUUGUGGUAUCAUAGUGAGAAAAUAGCUUUUGCAUUUGGGUUGCUAGCACUCCCUGCUGGUGCUCCAAUUAGGAUAAAGAAAAAUUUAAGGACUUGUGGUGAUUGUCAUAUGGUUAUGAAGUUUGCUUCAGAAGUUUUCAAGAGAGAGAUUAUUUUAAGGGAUAUCAAUCGGUUUCACCAUUUCAGGAAUGGUUUGUGUUCCUGCAGCGACUAUUGGUGAUUGUUCUUGAGUAAGUUUUGUAGUUAGAAACAUGGCAUUGUUUAGGGUAUUGAAGAGAUUUUUGUGUCUUCUUUCCCUCUCUUUUUGCAGGGUAUUGCCAUGCAACUCCUUGGAAUGAAAUUAAACUUUUUUCGGGUUAGUUAAUGAAAUUUUUUGUCCCCUUCAUAAGCUGUCUACAAUGAUGCAUAUGAUGGAAACCUGUACAAACUACAAACAUAAUAUAGUGAACCAUCCUUUAACCAUUUGUGCUAUUUGCCUAUCGCUGCUAGCUCCUAAAGUUAGGAAAAUGCAUCAUGCAGCAACCUCAUUCCAAAUUUUAGAAUCUUGUCAAGCUCUCUAUUAGCUUCCGUUUUGUUUUUGUCUUUUCAUCAGUCCUAAAAGAAAAGAAGUAACCCUUGAUUACCCUAUGCAAAACUUUGUGUUAUUUACAUGAGCCGCUCCGUUCUCAAAUGUUGUAGCAUGAUCCUAUAUUUGCUCGAAAGGAAAGACACACACCCUAUAUUUCUCUUCACUUUCCUCAUAUGAGAGUCGCCUGAAAAUGAGCAAUUAAGAAGUGAGGGCAAAAUGAAGUCAAGGACAGCCGGUGUUCAACUUGCCUUGAGUUGGACCUGUCUUAAAUCUUGUUACCCGGAUGUAUUGGCUUAGAUAAGUGCGUUCAGCAGGUCUUUCAUUUCAGUUUUUUUAGGUCAAUUCAUAUACUUAGCAGCUUCUCUCACUGUCUCUGUCCAAUUAGAGGAAAACAGUUUUCAAGAGGAGAAUCAUUUACAGAUCUUAGCAUGACUAUGUUUUACUUUUGGGAACUUAUAUAUCUAAUGUUGGUCGCUCGAGCUACAGUUGACCCCAACUACUUCAGUCUGAACUUCCCCUUUUGCCAAGUUCUAACUUACAGAGAAUCCACCAC